AGUCGGUGGUAUUUUGACUGGGAGAGGUUUUAAUAUUGAUUCAUUGGUUGUGGCUAAUGCUGAAGCAUCUGAUAAAUGUAGAAAUACAAUUGUUUCACGUGGUCAAGAUACCACCAAUAUGGCUGUCCUUAAUUAUACUGAAACAAUUAUCGUGGAACGUGAAAUGUUAUUGUCUAUGAACAAUUGGCUUCAAUUAAGCAUACAGAAUAUGAUGAUUGAGUUUAUGCCUGAGACUGAUUUAGAGAUAGGGAUUAGAUUAGAUGCAUUCAUCAAAUUAAAAAAGCCUUUUCGUAUUUUGGAAGCAGAAAGAAGUGAUAAAAUGAUGGUAUUACCAUGUAUUCCACUUUAUGAUAAUGUUAUUGAAACAAUUACAAAAGAGGAUAAUGACACUAGUGUGGAUGCAACAAUGUUAUCACCUGAGAUGAUAAUUCAAUAA